AUGCAAAUCGUUUCAGGACAGGAAAUAAGAAAUUUACUAAAAGUAUUUAUGGAAAAAAUUGUAUCGGCUCUUUUAAAUGAACUUAAAUUAGAUGAUAAUCAAAUAACAAAUAUUUAUAAUUAUGGUUCAUGGGUUUAUGGUACGAAUCAUGAAAAAUCUGAUCAUGAUUUUCUUAUUGUAAUGAAAAAUGAAAAACAAAGAAAAUAUUUAAAAUUUAGAAAAUAUUUUGAUUAUUUUCAUAUAUUUGAAUUACAUCGAUUAAAUAAAUGUGAUAUAACGAUAUAUUCAUGUGAAAAUUUUGAAUUAUUAUUAAAAAAAAAUUAUAUGUUAGCUGUAGAAUGUUUAUUUUAUCCAAAUGAAUUUAUUUUAAGAAAUAAUAUUGAUUAUAAAUCAAUUUAUUUGUCAAAAUAUUAUAAUCCAUUAAGAUUAAAACAAGUAACAUUUUAUGAAAAUAAUUAUAGUUUUAAUAGUCUAAUAGAUGAUGAUGCACGUUAUCCAAAUUCUUCUCAAUCAAAAACAAGUUUCAAUCCUACAAUUGAUCAAUUUUUAUGUGAUGCUUGUCAUACAACAACGUUAGAUGAAGAUCGAUCACUCAAACAUUUAUUUCACGGUCUAAGAUAUUUAGAUAUUGGUGAACAAUUAAUUCAGACAAAAUCGAUUUAUGAUUUUAAACGUGUAUCACAUGUUCUAUAUGAAAUAAAAGAUAUUUAUAUAAAUAAUAAUAAAAGUGUUGAUUUUGUUAUUGAUUAUCUUAAAAUGAAAAGUGGUGAAUAUAAAACGAUAAUGAAUAAACUUGUACCAACAAAUGUGAUAAAUGGAACGUUUGAAGUUCAUAUUACAGUUGAAAAUAAUGAUAUGGAACAUUUUUUAAAUGUAUGUAAAAUAAAUAAAUUAAAAUCAAUUUUUAUUCAUUUAAAUAAUGGUAAUAAUCCUAAACAAUUAAUGACAUCAUCAUAUCAUGUUGGAACAUAUUCUAAUAUUGUUGAAGAAAUUAAAACAUUGGCCAAUAUACAAUUUAAAGAUUUUAAUAUAAUAAGAUUAAAAAUAGAAUCAUUACCAUCAAAUAAUGGUAUUCCUGAAAAUGAUAUUGAUAAAUUAUUAUUUUGGGAUAUAAAUUCAAAUUAUUUUGAAUUUCAUUAUAAAAUAUUAAUUAGUUCACUCAAUCAAUUAAGACGAUUAAAAAAGUUAUGUAUAACUUAUGAAUUAUAUUUAGCACGCAAUGCAUUUAAAACGAUAUCAAUAAAUGAAAUGUAUUAUAUUAUAACAAUGAGAUUAUUUAACGUUAGUAGAGUAAAUGCAUUUAUUAGAAAUGAUACUAUUAUUAAUUAUUUGACUAUGAAUCAUUUUCCACCAUUGAAAGUAGAAAGAGAAUUUGUAGUUUAUGAUUCUAAUAUUGAUUUGGAUAAUGGAUGGAGUCAUACACGCAACGAAUGUGAAAACGGCUCAACCAAAACCAGUACCGGUUCCAAAUACCGAAUCGGUUCAAAAAAUCGAAAAUUUUUUCGGUCAGGCGAUUGA